GGGGUUGUCACCGGUAAUAGGGUCCCCCAGCGGAGCGCGGCCCGGACGCCGGCGGGGGUGACACCGGCCGCCGUCUCCGCCGUUCCUUCCCCGGGGUGAGGGAGGGGGGGGGGCUGCUCGGCGUGCGGGAGAUGAGAGCUCGGCCCGGCCGGGAGGAGGCCGGCGGCGAGAUGGCGGCUCCGGCCGCCGAGCGGGAGCGGCAGGAGCGGCUGCGGGAGGCGGCGGCGCUGGGGGACGCGGAGGAGGUGCGGCGGCUGGUGGAGCUGGGGGUCGGCCUCAACUCCCAGAACGAAGUCAACGGCUGGACUUGUUUGCACUGGGCAUGUAAACGGAACCAUGCUCCAGUGGUGGCUUACCUGCUGCACGCCGGUGCUGACAAGGAGAUCCUUACGAAGAAAGGAGAAAGGCCGGCCCAAUUAACGUCAAAGCGAGAGAUAAGGAAGAUGUUGGGAGUGGAAGAUGAUGAACUCCCAGACUUAAAGAAAGAUUCAGAUCUGCCAAUCAUCCCUAAUUACCUGGCUAACCCACCCUUCCCUUAUGUUUAUAACACCAUGAGUAAGACUAUUCCAGAUCCCUCCAUGAAUGGGAGUAUCUCACACUUAGAAUCACAAGAUACCGACUCUUCUUCCUUACCUGAUGUGGAGACUUACACAUGUGCACCAUUACAGCAUGGGAAUGCUGCUCCCAAGGCGGCUGAUAACGGAGGCAUGCCGUCACUGCCCAGAGGGUGUACUGUACCACCACACUCAAAAACUGUCCUUCAGAGAAGUCCAGUUUACCAGGGAUCUGUGUCUUGGAGCAGAAGUCCCCCUUCGCCAGCUGGAUCAAAUCAGUCCAUACCUCAGCAAGAGAACGGCUCCUGUAUGGGGCCUGUGCCAGCAUUUCAGCCCGUUUUCUUCACAGGAGCUUUUCCACUUAAUAUGCAAGAACUGGUGCUUAAAGUUAGAAUACAAAACCCUAAUCUUAGAGAAAAUGACUUCAUUGAAAUUGAACUGGACAGACAAGAACUCACCUAUAAGGAACUGCUCCGAGUGAGUUGCCGUGAGCUUGGUGUUAACCCUGAGCAUGUACAGAAGAUCAGAAAAUUACCAAAUACAAUGUUAAGAAAGGACAAAGAUGUUGCAAGGCUACAGGAUUUCCAAGAACUGGAGCUUGUGCUAACAGUAAGCGACAAACAGUUACUUUUCAGAGUCCCAACACUUUCUGAACGGAGUGGUUAUAACAAGAAGGCAUCAGAACUUACGUAUUAAUUGUUUAAAGCAUAAAACAAAAGAUUUGUAUCUCUCAUUUUAAAAUUACGUUUGAAAUACAGUAUCUAUAAGGGCUAAUGAUGUGAAAAAAAAUCUAUUUUGUUAACCUUGAAAUAAACUAAAGUUGUUAUGCACAGUUACAGCCUCUAGUUAAUCUAAGAGUAAUGAGUCUAAUAUGAAAAUAGUAUAAUGCAAAGGUAGUAUCAGUAGAACUAUCUGUUAAUGCAACUUUUCCUUACAAAAAGAUAAUCUUGAAAUACUGCAGAGUUAGCAGCUCUCAGGGAAAGGCUUACCUUAAACUGUUCUGAUAAUUUGUUUGCUAUAAAAUAGCAGAGGUACUCAAGCUAAAGAACCUGCCAUGAAACCCAUUUAGUAUUUGUACUGAGUCCAUUACCAUUAACAUUCACUUUUUAGAUCAUGUAUUUUAAGUCAUAUCUUAUUUAGAAGACAAAAACCAGAAGGGUUUAUAUCUGUGGAAGAAGCACAAAACUAUGUCUAGUUUAAAUACUGUAUCAAGUGACUUAUUACCUGUGAUUUCUUAAUCCCUGUUUACACUUUUCCCUAUUUCUCAGGUUGAAAACAAGUGAUAGUAAUUAUCCAAAUCAUAAAUAUGCUCUCAACCAAAAUCCCUUUUAUUGUUGUCUUUAUAUGUUGUCAAUAUAUAGUAUUGACAUGUGCAAUUUAAAAUACUAUUUUUGUUACUGUAUUGAAAACACAUUUCUCCAAUGCUGCUUUAAUUUCCCCUUUUAAAAGCACAAAAAUUGUAAUCUUAUUUUCCUUUUGCCUCUACAUUCCUGAGAAAGAUCGCAUCUGGAAACUUUAAAGUUGCCUGUGUAAAAAGAAACUAGUGAAAUGCUCAGGGUUUUCUGGGCUGAUACUAAAUCUUGAUGUUCCUAUGCAAUGUAUUUUCUUUUUUUCCCAAUGACUUGUGUUUACCCGUGUUGUUUACUG